UGUACUAUUCACAAAAAUAUAUAACUGGAGCACACAGACUCGAACACACACUGGCACAAGUUUGAGUAAUUAAAGUACAUACUUUUCAUAUAAAUUUGUCCCUUUUCGUGUAUGUACAAUUCGCAAGGCCUCAGAAUGAAUGUCAACUGCUCCGAAAACACCUUCAGCUUCUACGAGGCUAUUCGAAAGAACAAGAAGUAUCGCUACAUAACAUUUUGCAUAGAUGCCAAUGGAACAAUUGACAUAGAAACCAUUGGUCCGCGCGACACCGACUAUCAGCAGUUCAUGGAGGAUCUGAUGCGCGGUGGACCCGGAGAGUGUCGCUACGGACUCUUCGAUCUGGAGUACAUGCAUCAUUGCAGCAUCACGGACACGGACUGCAAGCGCGAGAAGCUUAUUAUGCUUUGCUGGUGCCCGAACGGGGCCAAGGCUAAGCUCAAAGUACAGUAUCAGAGCUACCUACGGUCAUUUGUCGAGUGCUUGACGGGAUUGCAGUACUACAGGACUGUGAGCGAGCUUUCAGAAAUGACGCGCGAUGCUGUAGAACAAUAUUUGAGGGCCACCGACAAGUAGGGGUUGGCGAACAAAAUUCCAAGUCUGCAUUUUCCUACUUACUCAUCAUUAUGUUUAGUAUUUAUGUAUGUCCCUGUGUCUAAUUAAACGCCCAACUAAAAGCUCUUGCAUCGUUCCAUGAAAUAAAAUGAAGGGAACGCAAACUGUGCUCUCAGCAACUGUUAUUACACAGAAA